UUGAUUCUGCCUCCUGAACCCAUCUCAUAUCUGUCCACCUCUCGCCACCCUCAUUGCCAUUUGCCAGGCCAGGCUACCAUUAUCUCGUGCUUAGUUUACUGCAACAGCCUCUCAGCUUAUUUCCCUGCCUCACUUCAACACAUUUCCCGCUACUGCAGCCAGAAAGUGCUUGCUGGAAUUAAAUCUGAUUGUGGGGCUCCCUUCAUUCAUCCCUCACUGCCCUUGGGACAGAAACCAGACCCCCUCACAUGGCUGGUCUGGCCCUGUCUUUCUCACCAGCCCCAUCUCUUUUCACAACCUCCUUGCAGCUCUUUCCAUUUUGAAAACAUAUGUUUUCUCAUGCCACUGGGCCUUUGCACAUGUUCUUUCUUCUGCCUUCAACACACCCUUUCUUGCUACCCUUGGCUUACUUCUACUCUCUCCAAGGUCCCAGUUGGGACCCUGCUUCCUCCAGGAAUCCUUCCUUAGGAUGCCAAGCCUCAUUAGGUCCCAUGCCUCUCCUCUUGGGGCUCAUUCACAUAUCUGCCUCCUCCACUGUGCUGUACUACAAGUCCUGGAAGACCAGGGCCAUGUUCGGAGGGUUUUCAUUGCUUCCUACUGCCUUGCACAAAGAAGAUGCUCAAUAAAUACUUGCUAAAUGGAAUUCAGUAUAAAUGUAAGUUGUCAUAUUAUGGUUUGAUUUAUUGAACUAUGCCUGAAUUAUAAAUUUACCUCAAUUGUUUUCUCAGUGGCGUCAUUACACAUCAAGCUUAAAAUUGGAUGUACAGGCAAAGAAGAAUAGUCAUUAUUAGGGCAGCUAGUAUUUGCUGAGAGCUCGGUUUGUGCCAAGCACUGUUCUAAGUGCUUUACAGUAUUAACUCAUUUAAUUACCACAACUCUAUGAGGUAGAUAUUUUUAUUAUCCCUGUUUUAUAGAUGGAGAAACUGAGUUUUGCAGAGAUUAAAGGAUGUACCUUUUACACAGCUAGUAAGUGGUGGCAUCAGGCUUGAAGCCACGCAUGCAUUGUGGAAUGUUAUUAACUCUUUCAGAAGGACAGUAAGUAGGACUGAACAUGAGAUGCUCACAGGGCUGAAGAUGGUAAGUCCCCCAGCGGAAGACAGUGCAGCGCGCUCACAACUUUAAGCUCCGAGGCCAAGCGGAAGCGCUUAAUCCAGAAUUUAAAACUCUGAAGAGCAUCAGUUUCAUUUGCAUAUUCACUUUUUUCAGCCAGCAAACUCAGUUAUGAGAGGUAUGAUUGCUAGUGGUUAGGAAGGAGACUUCUCCUAGUCUGAAAUCUUGGUUCUGCUGUGUGACCUAACAGGUGUUGCUUGCAGUCUCUGUGCCUCAGUCUCUUCAUCUGGAAAAUGGGGAUAGUAAUAGUAGUAUUUACUUCAUAGUGUUGUGGUGAUAACUGAAUGGUGCCUAAAAAAAUUGACUAUUAAAAAAAAAAGAAUGGUGCCUAGCACAUGGUAAUUGCUUGUAAACAUUGUCCUCAUUAUUUGUUUAUCCAUCCUUUAGUCAGUGGUUUUGAACACAGUCCUUCCUACACCGUCCCAUUGAACCACUUCUUGGGCACAGAUGAGCUCCCGUGUUUUAUUUAAUUAUUCUUUCCACAGAUAUUGAGGGGUUUUGAGUGUGACCUCCUUUUCAGUGCUACCUCUUUUCAGUGCUGUCGUCUCGACCUGUGCCUCGGAUUCCCUUCCACAAGACCCUUUCUCACACCUUGCCAAUGGACCUUGUUGGUUUUGGUUAUGCAGCCCUUGUGACAUUCGGAAGUAUUGUGGGAUAUAAGCGGAGAGGUGGUGUUCCCUCUUUGAUUGCUGGUCUUUUUGUUGGAUUUUUGGCUGGCUAUGGAGCUUACCGUGUCUCCAACGACAGACGAGAUGUAAAAGUGUCUCUGUUUACAGCUUUCUUUCUGGCCACCAUAAUGGGGGUGCGCUUUAAGAGAUCCAAAAAAAUCAUGCCAGCUGGGUUGAUGGCAGGCUUAAGCCUCAUGAUGAUCCUGAGACUUGUCUUACUGCUGCUCUGAGAAUCCGGAGGAACUGAAAACUAAACCGGUGUCAUUCCACACUAACGGGCAGAGCAUACUCCUGGAAGUCAGAAGAUAAAUUUCAAUAUGGAAUGUUAAGUGUCUUAUUUAAUAUUAGAAACAAAAGGAACCCUGUCACCUCCGAUAUGAACACUAGUCCGAGGUGGUGUGUGUUUUUUGUGUGUGUUUUUAAAGAAAACUUUGUUUUCUAAUUGUCAGGUACUGUUUUCAUUAAAGAUACUUAAUAAACUGGGAUACACUUUUUCA